AUGGAGCUACGACGUAGUCACCGCAUUCGUGUCUCCGAUUACACAGAAAACCGCACUGGUCAAUCAACGGGCCAUGAAGAGAACGACAACGACAACGACGACGACUACAACGAGGAACGUGUUGUUGUCCAAAAGUACAAGAGCAGAAAGCGUCCCAGCGCAAAGCUACCAGAGGUGGAAUCGAUCGACACCCUCAUUUCUGCCAAACGUCAAAGGUCGCAAUUUGUUGACAAGAGUGAUCAGCUUCAACUGUUAUUUGCCCAACUCAACGACGCACCUGCAACAGACGAUGAGGAGGAUGGAAAAUCCUUAUCCAGUGAAGAAGAAUCGAUCAAGCCAGAGUUACGUGAACGACAAGAUCUAUUGGAUAGCGAUCAUUCGGAUAAUGACAGCGAAGUGGGCAUUGGCGAUAUUCUGGCAUCAACAGCACAAGUAUUGGAUGAAGAAAGGCAUGAAAGACUUAAAGAGGUCUUCACUGAUAGUCCAGCACAAUAUGACAAUAAGACCGAAUAUCGAUUCUUUCGGCGAAGGUGCAAAUUACCAGAUCCAUUGUGGGUGGAUGACAAUUAUCCAUUACUCCAAGACACAACUCGACAGCGUGAGAAUUCCAUCUUUGAAUUCUCUUCCAGUGCCUCGGGUCGCAAAUUCAUGCUAAGCAGUGGUUGUCUUCGAGCAUGGUAUCGUCGUGAAUGGCCUCCGCAUCAUCUAUACCAAUGGCUAUUUCAAGUUGUGGCAUUUGAAGAAGAUCAAUUGGUUGCCCAUCAUGCAUAUGAAACGCUCAAUGCGCUAUGGAAAAACUUGGGACCUGAGCCAGCAGCCUAUAUCCCCAGCGACGAAUUAGGGAGCAAACGCAACACCAAUCGACAUGUUGAGAUGGACGAGUUUAUUUAUGUGCUCAAAAACUAUGGAGCUGUCAAAUCGGAAAUGGCAAAGGAAGAUGGCGAGAUUCCCCGAUCCUCAAACAAUCCACUGCUCUUUUUGGAAGAUUGGUCUGAUCAACCAGGAGAACAACGGAUCCCUGUCAUUCAACUAUCGUACAUCUUGCGCCUGUUUGGUUACUCUGUGAGGACAUGGCCCGAGGCUUAUCAACAAGUGGGCAUUGGAUACAUUAUACGAUUACUGCUACAGAUAUCUCUGGAUCGUUCCAUUGGCAAUAUUGUGAGACGAGAUCUGCAAGAUGGUAUCGAAUCGUGUUUAUCGGUAUUGGAUAAAGCAACGUGGAAGAAUGAGCUCUUACAAUUGGCAGCCGAUUUAUGCUCACGAUUUACAUCCAUCACGCUUCAAUGUCAAUUAAUCCAUGCGCUCAAACCGACGUAUGCUCGCUCAGUGUAUCUUCGACGUAUGAUCGGUUUAACAGCCAUCAUGUAUGAAAAUCGACACGUAUUCCACCCACCACCACCGCCAUCAUCAUCAUCAUUACCUACCCAAGAAACGACAAUGACAAAUACCUCCAAUAGUAAUACACCCAACGGCACUUGCAGUGAUAAUAGCUCAGGAUCAUCAUCGUACGAAACGGCUCCAACAGGGCUCACGAGAACUGACAGCUACAUGUCCGUAUCAACCAUGCAUUCGGAUACAGUCGAUGCCAUGUCUAUUGCAGGAACACCUAUCGCUGACAGGGAAAUGGAAGAUGUCAAUGAGCAGCAGCAGCAGCAGCAGCAGCAAGAGGAAGAGGAAGAGUACCCAUUACCUCGUGUGGAACCUGAGAACAUCCUUGAGCAAUUAUUACGAGUGAUUGAAAACCCUGCGAGUGCGUUUCAGCAACGAGAUCAUGAUGAUUAUGAUGAGUUAUUAGCGCAAAUUCAAUUGGUGGAUGCUGCUAUCGGAGGCCGGGAACUGGAAAUGCUGCGGGAACAGCCAACGAUCAAGGAAAUCAUUCGUCACCUGCAAGUAAUGAAUCGUCGAAUAGGUGGGCGAUCUACAGGUGUGUUGCCUCGUAUAAGGGCAAGUGCCGCUGUUCAACGAGUGUGGAAUCGGUUGGCGUAUGCGACUGGUAGAGAAAGUGCCGGUGGCAUGGAUGAAGCAUGA